AUGAACGACCCUCUGCUCGCCGUCAUCCUCGCCACGUCGUCUUCGCGCGGAUCGCACAUCGUCUUCCGCUGGCCAAACAAGCCCAAGAUCUUCAAGCGCUACUCAAAGAUCAAGUACUACGCCGAACACCACCACGAUCCCAGCUCUUCCCAUCGUACAAAGGACGAGCUCGACUUUGAUCCCGUCAGGCAAAAGGCAAACUGGGAUAGGCACGACGAAGACGACGACGAGCACGACGACGACGCAAACAGCGACGACCUCGGCCAGAGCGAUACCCCCUCCUCUUCCGAGAUCGACGAUGACUCGGAUGCCUCGAUCAGCGAUGAGGAUCAGCCGCGACCCGGUCGCAAUGCCGCCGUCGACUUCAACGAGGCGGCCAGCGUAGCCAGGACAAAGACUAGUGCCGGUGCCAGCCGGUCCAAGUCCAAGGCGAGGAAGCCCCUCUCCACCCUCGACGAAUCCCUGCACAGCCUGCGCACCAUCGACUCGGCCAACAACCAGUAUGACGGCAAUGGCGCUGGCGGCAACAAUGGCAACGGCCACGCCUCUGGUACCCAGCCACCCGAUUCUGACAACGGCGGCACCUCCAACAACCUCUCGCCCGAGGAAAAGGCCCGCCGUGAAGAGCGAGCCGCCCGAGCAUAUCGUACCUACCUUGGCUACGAGACCGACUUCCUCGCAUCGAUCCUGAGCCCGCGGCAGGAGCUGGCACAUCAGAAGUUCGAGCUGGUGAUCGACGACCUGGCAUUCCUCGGGCACCCCGUCUGCGUGGGCCCGGGGGGACAGUGGGGUGACCCCGGGGACGAUGCCGACGGGGACGGAGGCGAUCGCAGCGCCGAUGAUGCCCGGCGUGGACGGUAUGGCGCAGCCUUACGCCGCGGCUCGUCCCAGAGCGACGGUCGGAGCGGCAACCGCCUGAGGCCUGGCGAGAGCAGUCGCAGCCCAUCAGCACAGAAGGCACUGCAGCCCGACACCGCAUCCGCCAGAUCCCUGGCGCCCCUGACCCAAUUCCACUUGGUGCUCGUCCUCGAUCGGCCGGACCCCUCGGCGGCGCUGGCCGGGAUGGACCUCAGCUCCUGGCUGCAGCUCUUCUAUGACCACAUCGUCUUCAAGACGACCGCAUCGCUCUUCGCCGAGCAGGUGCGGGCGGACUACGUCUCGAAGGAAGCUGAGAGCCUCUUGGCGCUCCGGGAACGCUGCAUGGACGACGGGCAAUCGUAUUCUGCCUAUGCUGCCCAAGCGCUGGGCAUCUCGUCGAUGGCACGCUGCCUCCGCGAUCUGCACAAGUCCAUCAGUACCUCGUCGGACGCCUUCCUCACCAUCAACGACCGCAUCGAGGUCCACAUUCAGCUGCCGCCCAUCCUCCAGAACCCAAACAAGAUCCUCAAGGUGCCAGACAUCGAGACGGAGCUGGACCCCAACGACCCGAUCUUCCUGAGCGGCGGCGGCUUCGCCGGCAUGGGCAAGGAGGGCGGCGACGGCGACGACUACGACGGCGGCUACGAUCGGCUCAUGAGCCUGGGGCCCAGCGAGCUCACCUUUGAGGAGUGGACCCGCACCACCGGCCCGUACCUCCUGCCGUGGAAGACCCUGCUGCUGCUGCACGAUCACCCGGACGAUCCACACACCCGGCAGCGAUCGCCAAAGGUAUCCGAUUCCGCCGACAGCGAGACCGACCACGUCCACAGCGAGAGCCUAGGCUUUGAGCAGCUCACUCGCAAGUUUACGGCCCUGUUCCGGCCUCGCGUGUCGGAGAUGCUCAACUUCGACGAGGUGGCCAACGUCCUCGACUGGGACCUGUACGACGAUGUGUACCCGAUGGUGCGCCACCUGAUCUACUAUCGCCAGGCCCGCGUCAUCGAUGUUCCGCGGACGGCACACGUCUAUGGUAUCUCGCCGCUCUUUGAGUUCAAGCGGCUUGCCUCGCUGAGUCGCUCCUGGGCCUCUACCUUUCCAGAACUUCUUCCGCUGCCGGCCUUUCUGUCGCAGAUGUCGUCGGCGUUGCGGCCGCUCAACGCCCUGCUCCCGGGCAGGUACCAGAGACAGCUCUGCCUCGACGUCCUCGUGUGGCUGCUGCGCCGCGAGGUCGUCGUCAAGCUCCACGUCCGUCUUCGACUGGUCGCCACGGAGAGGGUCAAGAUCCGCACCAUCGAGCGCCGCGCCGAGAGGGUGCAGAAGACCAAGCAGCGUCAGGAACGCCGACAACGCAGGGCGGCGCGACUCGAGGCCAAGGAGGCACGCAAGGCAGCCAAAGAGGAGCGGAAAAGGGAGCUGCAGAGGCUGAGGGAGAUCGAAGCAAGCAAACGCGAGGACCAGGAACAAGAGCAGCGAGGCCGCAGCCGUGAGCGAGACCGGUCGCGAUCGGCCGAUGCCAGGCAGACGCUGCAGACGGCCGAGGCGCAGGGGUCUGCCGAGAGCGAGGAGAUGGUACGGUCAGUCUCUGGCCUGAGCGUAUCCCGACCGGGCACUCUGGCUCAUCCCGACUCGGUGGCCUCAGCUGCAGCAACAGCGGCCGCCAUCGUCCAGCAGCGUUCAGACUCGGGAUCCAAGAAUGGCAGGUCGAGCCAGUCCAGCGCUCAGCCUCCGGGUCAUCACCAUCAUCACCACCAUCACCAUCACCAUCACCAUCACAGCCACGGUCACCAUGGCCACCACAGCCAUCAUGGUUCAGCCCAGCCGAGCUCGCAGCCAUCGGCGCCCAUCCUCAUUGGCAGCUCCAGCAACCCGAUGUUUGAGAAGCUCAAAUUUGAGCGUCGGCCCGUGCUGCGGUCGCGCUCGCCAUCGACCGCGCUCUCGGUCAGCUUCAGCAACGCCGUAGGCCCGAGGCGGCCGCGAGCCGAGACGGGCGGUUCGAGCUCGUCGAGCGGCGCAGGCGCGGGCGCAGGCAAGCUUGAGCCGCUCUCCAUGACGCCCAACGACUCUUCCCUCGGCCAUCGCUCCCCGAUUCGGUCAACAACGCCCCGCGGCAGGCGCGUGCCUCGGCAUGUGCGCGACGCGAGCGCCACGAGCGGACUCAGCCACGGCUCUGCCGGCCGGGCGGUUUCACGGCCAUCCUCUUCCGGCGGCGCUGCUCUCGCCUUUGGUGCAGAAGCGAGCGCCUCUGCCGGCUCGCAUUCGGCCAGCGUGCCGAACGCGAUGAGCAUGCACGCCAAGGAGCGCAAAGUCAUGUCACGCUCGCCAUCGCGCGCUCGACUCAAGGUGACGGGCUUCGGGCAGGACGAGGAGGUCGAGGUCGAUGGCGAGGAAGAGGAGAGCGAGACGCCGUCCCUCGAUGGCGCAGGCGCGCUGGCAGACGUGGAAGACGAGACGACGCCCGUCGACGACGAGAGGCGGCUCUCGCUCGUCGGCGAAGAGGCCGACGACGAAGACGACGACGACGACGACGAGGCCCUCGCUCCUUCGGCGCUUGGCGCGGAAGAGGGCGUGUCGCCCACUUCCAUCGUUCCUACUGCAGACGCGGGCAGCGUCUACGAGCGUGGGAGACGGCCCAGCCAGAACCCUCCGACCUCGGUCGCCAGUCUGGCGCGCCAGAACCUACGACGCAUCUCGAUAGCCUCGGAACGGCCCGACUUUCCACCUUCGCCGCUCGCCUCGUCCGACGAGGAUGACGAAGGGACACGAUCGCACCAGUGCGGGGCCGAGUGCCGCCCCGACUGUCGGCACGCGUCUGCCAGCUGCAGCUCCUCUUCGUCGUCGUCGUCGUCGUCGUCAUCGACCUGCUCCUACUCGUCCUCGUUGCCUUCGGACUUUUCCGAUCUCGACGACAACGGCGGCGGUGGCGUCGACGAGGAAGCUGCAGAGCAGCAGCAGGACGACGAGGAGGAGCUGGCCAACGAAGCCAGACGGGCGGAUACGACCGAGACGCUCAUCGUCGAGCCGUCGCGGGCGACGCGCGAGGAAAACGAGUGGAUCGCCACCAUGAUCGAGGGCAAGCCGACGUGGCUCGUCAAGAAGCUCUUCCGCCUGCUGCCCUACCUCAACGGCAAGCACACCAUCGACGAAAUCGAGUACCGCGUCGGCAUGAAGCGCAAGGAGAUCCGCCUCCUCCUCGCCGAGUUCCGCGAGGUCAUCGUCACCUUUAUGCAUCCGUGA